AAUAAACAAUAUAUUUUAAGUAUUCAGAUUAUCCCACUACGUGGGCCCUUGCCAACCAAGUACGUGCAAAGUCUCGUGAUUUUGUCAUUCAAAAUUUAAAGGACAUGCCCUUCGACGAUCGAUACCCCAAUUUUCUGCACGAUUUUUUUGUAAAUAUGCUGCUGAAUAAUUAAAAUUAUGGUGAACUAAUGUGACAAUAGUAAAUAAGUAAAAAAACAAACAGAAACCACUAAGUUAAUAACAAUGAAAUAUAAAACAAAAAAAUUACUUUAGGUUUUUCUAUCGAUAGUGUACACCAGAGACCUCUGGUGAAGCGCCGCGACGUCUAUGUCUGCAGUCCCACUCUUCCUUCUUAACAGGCCCAAAGAGUCAAAAGUCAAACUUGACACGUGUAGUGAACUGUUUAUUGACUUCAGAUACAAGUUGUAAGUACCAUGUCUUCCAGGCCAAAAAGAAAAUGCAAAGCCACUAAUCCACCUCGGUUAACAGUGGGUAAAAGUUCAAAGGCUAUGGAUCUGGUAACCAAUGACCAUUUGGCAGGUUUCAUGGAAGAGGAUGUGUCUUUGUCCCCCCAGCCUCUCAUCAAAGAUGAGUCGCAGGCUGAAGUGGGUGAGGCCAAUGAUGCUAUCCGACAGGCCACUGAUGAAGAAAUAAUUGCUGCUGGCACAAAUCAGGAAUGGAAAAUGACUGCAGAGAACCUUGCAGAGGAGAACUGUACCUUAAAGAACAAUGUUAAGCUGCUGGAAGAAGCCUUAGUGGCGCAAAAGGCAGCCUCUGACGAGAAAGUUACUUCCUUGGAGUUGGAGCUACAAAGAGUAACAAAUCUUCUGAGGGCAGUGGAAGGUAAGAAAUCUAAAACCAAUAAAUAUUAUUUUGUUUAAAAUUGUGUACAUGUGUAUAUAA